AGGAGGAAAUCGCUGCUCUCUGCUCCUUCCUGUAGUAACAGCCGCCGCCGCCGCCGCCGUCAAGAGCCGUCAGGAACCGUCAGGAGCCCGAGCCGGGAGCAGCAGCCGCAGGCGCUCCGCAGCACCAGGUGAACAGCCAUGGCGGGCUGGAUUCAGGCCCAGCAGCUGCAGGGAGAUGCGCUACGCCAGAUGCAAGUACUGUAUGGGCAGCAUUUCCCCAUAGAGGUCCGGCACUACCUGGCCCAGUGGAUCGAGAGCCAGCCAUGGGAUGCCAUUGACUUGGACAAUCCCCAGGAUCGAGGCCAGGCCACCCAGCUCCUGGAGGGCCUGGUGCAGGAGCUGCAGAAGAAGGCAGAGCACCAGGUGGGGGAAGAUGGGUUUUUGCUGAAGAUCAAGCUGGGGCACUAUGCCACGCAGCUCCAGAACACCUAUGACCGCUGCCCCAUGGAGCUGGUCCGCUGCAUCCGGCACAUUCUGUACAAUGAACAGAGGCUGGUCCGAGAGGCCAACAACUGCAGCUCCCCUGCCGGUGUCCUGGUUGACGCCAUGUCCCAGAAGCACCUUCAGAUCAACCAGACAUUUGAGGAGCUGCGCCUGAUCACACAGGACACGGAGAACGAGCUGAAGAAGCUGCAGCAGACCCAGGAGUACUUCAUCAUCCAGUAUCAGGAGAGCCUGCGCAUUCAAGCUCAGUUUGCCCAGCUGGCCCAGCUGAACCCCCAGGAGCGCAUGAGCCGGGAGACAGCCCUGCAGCAGAAGCAAGUGUCCCUGGAGACCUGGCUGCAGCGAGAGGCACAGACACUGCAGCAGUACCGUGUGGAGCUGGCUGAAAAGCACCAGAAAACCCUGCAGCUGCUUCGGAAACAACAGACCAUCAUCCUGGACGAUGAGCUGAUCCAGUGGAAGCGGCGGCAGCAGCUGGCCGGGAACGGGGGUCCCCCCGAGGGCAGCCUGGACGUGCUACAGUCCUGGUGUGAGAAGCUGGCCGAGAUCAUCUGGCAGAACCGGCAGCAGAUCCGCAGGGCCGAGCACCUCUGCCAGCAGCUGCCCAUCCCAGGCCCCGUGGAGGAGAUGCUAGCCGAGGUCAAUGCCACCAUCACAGACAUCAUCUCAGCCCUGGUCACCAGCACAUUCAUCAUCGAGAAGCAACCUCCCCAGGUCCUGAAGACCCAGACCAAGUUCGCAGCCACCGUGCGCCUGCUGGUGGGUGGGAAGCUGAAUGUGCACAUGAACCCGCCGCAGGUGAAGGCGACCAUCAUCAGUGAGCAGCAGGCCAAGUCCCUGCUCAAGAAUGAGAACACCCGCAAUGAGUGCAGCGGCGAGAUCCUGAACAACUGCUGUGUCAUGGAGUAUCACCAGGCCACUGGCACCCUCAGCGCCCACUUCAGAAACAUGUCACUGAAAAGAAUCAAGCGCGCUGAUAGGCGUGGUGCGGAGUCUGUGACGGAGGAGAAGUUCACGGUCCUGUUUGAGUCCCAGUUCAGUGUCGGGAGCAAUGAGCUGGUGUUCCAGGUGAAGACCCUGUCCCUCCCUGUGGUUGUCAUCGUUCAUGGCAGCCAGGACCACAACGCUACUGCCACCGUGCUGUGGGACAACGCCUUUGCUGAGCCCGGCAGGGUACCGUUUGCCGUGCCUGACAAGGUGCUGUGGCCGCAGCUGUGUGAAGCGCUCAACAUGAAAUUCAAGGCCGAAGUGCAGAGCAACCGCGGCCUGACCAAGGAGAACCUGGUGUUCCUGGCCCAGAAACUGUUCAACAGCAGCAGCAGCCACCUCGAGGACUACAACAGCAUGUCGGUGUCCUGGUCCCAGUUCAACCGGGAGAACUUGCCAGGCUGGAACUACACCUUCUGGCAGUGGUUUGAUGGGGUGAUGGAGGUCCUGAAGAAACAUCAUAAGCCCCACUGGAAUGAUGGGGCCAUCUUAGGCUUUGUGAACAAGCAACAGGCCCAUGACCUGCUCAUCAACAAGCCAGAUGGGACCUUCCUGCUGAGAUUCAGCGAUUCCGAGAUCGGAGGCAUCACCAUUGCCUGGAAGUUUGACUCUCCGGACCGAAACCUCUGGAAUCUGAAGCCGUUCACCACCAGAGAUUUCUCCAUACGGUCCCUGGCUGACCGGCUCGGGGACCUGAGCUACCUCAUCUAUGUGUUCCCAGACCGACCCAAGGAUGAGGUCUUUGCCAAGUACUACACUCCUGUACUUGCAAAAGCAGUUGACGGGUACGUGAAGCCGCAGAUCAAGCAAGUGGUUCCCGAGUUUAUCAACGCAUCUGCAGAUGCUGGAGCCAGCGCCACCUACAUGGACCAGGCCCCCUCCCCAGUAGUGUGCCCCCCUGCUCACUACAACAUGUACCCACAGAACCCCGACCCUGGCCUCGACCAAGAUGGAGAAUUUGACCUGGAUGAGUCCAUGGAUGUUGCCAGACACGUGGAGGAACUUUUACGCCGGCCCAUCGACAGUCUCGACCCCCGCCUCUCCCCACCUGCCGGCCUCUUCACCUCUGCCAGAGGCUCCCUGUCCUGAACGCUGGGACGCCACGCUUCUCUUGGAAAACUACCUUCAAUGUGAAGAGCCCAUGUCAGUUGUGACUGUAGUAUCUCUGUACAUACCGACAGCUUUGCACGUGCGUGUGUGUUGGUGUC